AUGCGGGGGAUUUUCGACAUGCUGUCGUCGCAGCAUCCAGUAAGCCGGACAGCUUUUGAGAAGAACAAAACAGAUGUUUUCCGAAUCAAAACACACAACGUGGGACCUAUAAAGAAGUUGAGGAUCGAGCACGACAAUACAGGGAUGAACGCCAGCUGGUUCCUGGACAGAGUGGUGGUGACCGACAUGAACCGGCCCCAUCUGCGCUUCUACUUCGCCUGCAGCAACUGGCUGAGUCGGGAGGAGGCCGACAACCUGUUUGUCCGGGACCUGCAGGGAAGCCUGAACCCCAUGGACGUCCCCAAAUCCAAUAAAUACAUAGUUAGUGUAUUCACGGCUGACAUGAAGGGAAGUGGAACUGACGCCGAUGUCUUUCUCAACAUCUUUGGAGAGAAUGGAGAUACAGGAGAGAAACGACUGGACAGCGACAAAGACAACUUUGAACGCGGCUCCGAGGACAAGUUCACCAUCGAGUCUCCCAACCUGGGCAGGCUGAGGAAAAUCACAAUUGGUCACAACAACAGAGGCUCCUCAGCAGGAUGGUUUCUGGAUAAGGUGGUCAUAGAUGACAUGGGGAAUAAAGAAGUGUAUGAGUUCCCAGUUAAUCGUUGGUUUGCAAUGGAUGAAGAUGACGGCAAAAUACAGAGGGAUGUGCUGGUUGGGUCCAUGCAGCCAAUGGGAAUUGUGUACAAUGUACAAGUGAUGACUGGAAAUAUUCGAGGUGCGGGCACCAACUCUAAGAUCCACAUCGUCAUGCACGGCUCCAAGGGCAUUAAAAACAGUGGCAAAAUCUUCCUGGAGGGCGGUGCCUUCGAGCGAGGCCUCAUCGACAUUUUCAAUGUGGAGAUCUGUGAACUGAUCAGCCCGCUCAGCAGGGUGACCAUCGGGCACGACAAUGGCGCCGUAGGAGCCGGAUGGUAUUGUGAAAAGGUGGUGGUAUAUUGUCCAUUCACGGGCAUUGAGCAGACAUUUCAGUGUGGGAUGUGGCUGGAUGAGGACGAGGGUGAUGGACUGAUCGAGAGGGAGCUGUACGAGAUGGUUUCACUCAGGCAGAGAAAACAGAAAAAGUACCCCUGGUCUCUGUGGAUCUGGACUUCAGAUGUGAAGGGGGCCGGAACUGAUGCUCAGGUCUUCCUGCAAAUCUAUGGAGAAAGAGGCAAGUCUGACGAGAUCAGACUGGAAAACAACUCAGACAGUUUUGAACAAGGACAGCUUGAUAAAUUCAUGAUCGAAAUGCCUGACAUUGGAAGACUGCUGAAGGUGCGGAUCUGGCAUGAGAAGAGACAUCCAUUCUCUGGUUGGCAUUUAGCGAAGGUUACUUUACUCAAAACAUUAACCAUGGAGAAGUACUCUUUUGAGUGUGGCCGCUGGCUGGACAUCAAUGAAGAUGACAAUGAGAUUGUGAGAGAGCUUCCAGCUACAGGAGCUUUAAUCGACGAGCCGCUGCCACUGAUCAAGUAUCGCGUCACCAUCUGCACUGGGAACAUCAGCGGCAGUGGCACUGACGCCAGCGUAUUCCUAAAUGUGGUGGGCGACUUUGGGGACACGGGGGAGCGGCUGAUGAUCACCAGCAAAAACAACGUCAACAAAUUCGAGAAGGGAAACCACGAUGAGUUUCUCAUCGAGGCCGUGUCCCUGGGUCAGGUGCGCCGGGUCCGGGUGGGUCACGACGGCCGCGGCGGAGGCUGCGGCUGGUUUCUUGACAAGGUGAUGGUCCGAGAGGAGGGCCAGCCGGAGAGCCUGGCCGUAGAGUUCCCCUGCUUCAGGUGGCUGGACCGUAACGAGGACGAUGGGCAGAUUGUCCGUGAGUUAGUUCCAGCUGGAGACGGCGUGCGCCUCUUCAAUGUUGGCUACCACAUCGCCAUCAAGACAGGCAACGUGAACGGAGCCAGCUCUGAUUCGAAGGUGUUCGUCAAGCUGUACGGAGAGAAGGGAGACACCAACAAGAUGAUACUGGCGGUCUCCGACAACGACCUCAGGAACUACUUUGAGACGGGCCGCACUGACAUCUUCACCAUUGACACCUUCGACAUUGGACAGGUCAACCGCCUUCUGAUUGGUCAUACCAACGAAGGUUUGCGGGCCGGAUGGUUUCUGGACAGUGUGCAGCUCCUGGUGCCAGUCCAUGGGAAGCAGUACAUGUUCCCCAGCCACCGCUGGCUCUGCAAAGACGAGGCUGAUGGAAAAGUGGAAGUGGAGAUCUACCCCAGUGAGAUCUUGGACAUCGAAAAGUUGAUCAACUACGAAGUAACGGUUGUCACAGGUGAUGUUCGGGCCGGUGGAACCAACGCUAACGUCUUCUGUCAGAUCUACGGAGACGGCGGGAAAACAGAAGUCCUCACCCUGAAAAGUCGUUCCAACAACUUUGAACGUGGCACAACGGAAAUCUUCAAGAUCGAAGCUCAGGAUGUUGGGAAGAUCUAUAAGAUGCGCAUCUACCAUGACGGAAGUGGCAUCGGAGACGGCUGGUUCCUGGAGACGGUGGACGUCAAGCGCUUGACGAUGGCCACGGUCCAGGUAGUGGUGAAGAAGGAGGAAACACCCAAGAAAGACAAGAAGAAGGACAAGAAGAAGAAGAAGAAGGAAGAGGAGGAGGUGGAGGUGGUUGAGCAGCUGCAGGAGGUGGUGGAGACCUUCACCUUCCCCUGCAGCCGCUGGCUGGCCAAGGACGAGGAGGACGGCGAGGUCGUGGUGGAGCUGUUGACUGAGGACAAUGAGGACUUGGAAAUGAAUUCCUACGAGGUUCAUGUGUUCACGGGGACCAUGUGGGGAGCGGGGACGGACGCAAAUGUGUUCAUCAACAUCUACGGAGAGAUCGGCGACACGGGGGAACGACGGCUCCGAAAAUCCAACAACCUGAACAAAUUUGAGAAAGGCCAGGAGGACAUUUUCAGCGUCGCAGCCGUGGACCUGGGGAUGUUGAAGAAGCUGAGGAUCCGACACGACAACCAGCAGGCCGGCGCCGGCUGGUUUUUAGACCGGGUGGAGAUCGUGGAUAACAGGGACGACACCACGUACUUCUUCCCUUGUAAGCGGUGGCUCGCUACUGACGAGGACGACGGACAGCUGGCCCGGGAGCUGGUUCCUGUGGACGAGGCCUUCAUGAGGAAGGGGGACGAUGACGAGGAUGACUCUGAGGCCACACUCGGUUUGGAACAGAAAGCCAUGUCCACAACCUACACUGUCACAAUCAAAACUGGAGACAAGAAGUAUGCAGGAACAGAUGCCAACGUCUUUAUGAUCCUGUACGGCACCAAAGACGACACAGGUUUAAUCAAUCUGAAGGCUUCAAAGACUCACAGAAACAAGUUUGAGCGUGGACUAACAGACAGGUUCACGGUGGAGGCGGUGGACAUCGGGCCUCUGAAGAAGCUGCGAAUUGGACACAAUAACUGUGGAGGAGGGUCGGCAGGGUGGUUCCUGGACUGGGUGGAGAUCGAUGCCAAAUCUCUGGGACAGAAGCUCCGCUUCCCCUGCGGCCGCUGGCUGGAUCGAGGAGAAGACGACGGCGCCAUCGUCAGAGAUCUUUUCCCAAAUCCCCUUCAGACUGAGUUUUACACACCAUUCGUCCCAUAUGAGAUUAAAACCUUCACCAGCGACGUGUUUGGAGCAGGCACGGACGCAGACGUCUGCAUCGUCCUGUACGGUCGAGAUGCAGUGUGCACCCAGCAGAAGUCUCUGUGUGUCAACAAGAGGGAGCGCAGGAUGUACUUUGAGAGAGGAGCUGAGGACAUGUUCAUCGUGGAGUUGGAAGAUGUGGGGGACGUAAUCGAGAAGAUUCGGAUAGGCCAUGACAACCGUGGGGUCAAUCCGGGCUGGCAUCUGGACAGAGUGGAGAUCAGACGUCUGCUCAGGAAGGGAAAGGGUUCAGAGACCAUCAUCUUCCCUUGUGAGAGGUGGCUGGCCAGGUCAGAGGAUGAUGGAGAGACGGUGAGGGAGCUGGUGCCCUCUGACAUUAUCACUGAGAAACUCUCCCGAGACGGCAGCCUCAAAGUGACUGAAGUGGAGGUGGAUGACGCCUUAGAGACUCACAUGUACAGUGUGUCGGUGAUGACCGGGGACGUGUACGGAGCUGGCACCGACGCCAACGUCUUUCUCACAGUUUACGGAGACUUAGGAGACACCGGGGAGAGGAAGCUGAGCAAGUCGGAGACCAACAGCAACAAGUUCGAGCGAGGAUCUGUGGAUAAGUUCACUAUCGAGGCCGUGGACCUGGGUCAGGUCUUCAGGAUUAAAAUCCGCCAUGAUAACAGCAUGGUGAGUGCUGACUGGUACCUGGACCAGGUGGAGGUGGUGGACCUGGACACGGAGGAGGUCUUCCUCUUCUUAUGUGAGCGCUGGCUUUCCAGGAAGAGGGAGGACAGACGCAUCCAAAGGAUCUUCUACGUCAAGGGUUAUGACGGAGUGCGAGAGGGCCUGAGCAGUAAGAAGACCUCAGCUCUGACUCCGAAGAGCGUCGACAGUAACAUGAACAAGAAGAGCAAAAGGAAGAAGGAAGAGGAGGAUAUCCAGCCCCCGAGUGAGAGCAGCAUCCGUUGUCAGUGUGUUCAACAUCUCCGAUACCAGUAUCCGUACCAA